AUGGACGCAUUGUCCCCUGCCAACAACGAGAAGCACGAUAAUGAGAUCAAGCACAGCCGCGCCUCUAAGGUGAAGGAAAAGCUCACUGAGAAAAAAGAUAAAGCUACAGGCAAGGCUAACCCGCCUGGCGGAUACGAUGCAACUCCUCUUCCAGAUCUGCAGCCUGGAUAUACCGUGAAGUUCACAUUUCACAAAGCUCUGAACUUGCCUGUCUCUGAUAUAAACACUUCAUCAGCAGACCCCUAUAUCAAAGCCACCCUUACUACCGAUAUACCGAAGAGGCACAAAGAAGACCCAGAGCUAAUCCACCGAACGAAAACUGUUCACAAGUCAACAGAGCCUGUUUGGGACGAGAAAUGGGUAGUUGCCCAUGUUCCUGCUUCCGGGUUUCGCCUCAAGUGCCGCAUAUACGACGAGGAUCCCUCUGACCAUGACGAUCGUCUGGGAAAUGUGACAAUUGAAUUUUCAACUAUCAUCAGGAGCUGGAAAGAUCUAGACCACACGAAAUUCGACGUGAAAAAACGUGCGGGGAGCAAGCGUGCAUAUAUGCUAAGAGGAGCUGCAUCGAUUUUCCGGAGCUGCACGAGCAUAACCCCAAUCCUCGAGCUUAGUAUCGAGGUAUUGGGUAAGUCGGAGGGACUGGGUGGGAGAGUCUACACCUUAGGGCCGACGACCUGGAUAAGGCACUUCUCGCCUAUGAUCGGCAGAUUGACGGGAACAAGGGUUAAUAAAGACGAACGCCAAGACGAGGAUGACCCGGAGGACAAUAACAACGAAAAGGAUGGGAAGGGGACGAAGAAAUACGAUUUUCAAGCCAAUGAGAUACAGCUUCAGGGACCAGUGCCCGUACAGUUGUACCAUCGCUAUGUUGAAUUUCGCCCCAUAAUCGGCCGAAUGUUUUCGUCCCGUGGAUUGAGCGGUUGGGUCCUAAACAAGGCCUUGCACAAACAGCACAGCCGUGUUUACCGGUACGAUGCUGCAACAGAAUAUGGCAAUUUCGAGCCUUUCUCAGAAGAGGCAACCCUCCAAUUUUUGAAACUAGCGCAUUUUUCCGAGGGCGGGCGUAUAUUUACUUAUAUCAUAACGCUCGAUGGUAUGAUGCGCUUCACAGAGACUGGUAAGGAGUUUGGCAUCGAUAUGCUCUCUAAGCACACAAUGCAUUCCGACGUAGCCACUUAUAUUGCCUUCUCGGGAGAGUUUUUUGUGCGCCGUCUGUCGGAGCCGACAGUGGCGGCAGGUCCAAAGUUGGAUCAACAGGCCGAAGUCAUUGAGUCUCAGGCAACUGACGGCGUGGCAAAGGAGUCGUCGCCACAGUUGAAUGCACGUUACCAACUGAUCAUUGACAAUGACUCUGGGACAUACCGACCGAGCAAAGAAAUGCUUCCUUUCUUGAAAGAUUUUCUGAUGCGCAAUUUUUCGGGUCUGAAAGUCACAGCAUCGCAUUGGGAAGACGAAGCCCACCAAAAAAUAAAAAAAGCCCAGCUCGAGCGCAAAAAGAAAGAAGGACCAGGUGUGCAAAUGGUACUCAACAGAAGUCCGAGUGCUAGCUCUUUCAGCUCAUCCGACGAGAGCAGGCUCAGCGGCAUGGGCCGUAGCAACGCAAUGGGUCAUAGAGGAAAAAGUAAUAAGGAGAUAGCCUGGGAUUUGAUGGAAAAGCCAGGCCGGAUCAAAGAUAUGGCCGGUAUCAGGGGUCAUAGACUAUGUGACGAGGAUGAAGGACAAAGCUCGACACAAGCCAAUGGCAUUAGUUGA